AUGGGUUCUCUGGCCAUUUUAUCCGUGACGCUUCUGAGCGCCCUCUUGACGCUUUCCCUAGUCCAUGCCGAGCACUGGGCCGUCAUCGUGUCUGGCUCCAACGGAUACAGCAACUACCGGCACCAGUCGGACGCUUGCCACGCCUACCACAUCGUUCGACGCCACGGUAUCCCGGCCGAGAACGUGGUGCUCAUGAUGUACGACGACGUGGCAUGGCAUGAGAGCAAUCCAUACCGAGGACAGCUCUACAACAAGCCCACGACCAAGAACGCAUCACACGGGGCUGUACAGCCCGUGGACGUGUACAAGGGCUGUAACAUCGACUUCCGUGGGGUUGAAGUGACCCCUGAAACGUUUUUGAACGUACUGACAGGCAACAGCUCUGGCGCCUUCAAUAAGAAUGUGCUCAACAGCACGGAAGACGACCGAGUGUUCAUCAACUUCAUUGACCACGGAUCACGCGGCAACAUUUACUUCCCGAACAUGAAGCCGCUCACGGCUUCGAGACUUAAACAGGCCAUGCGGACCAUGCACGACAAGAAAAUGUACAAGGAACUCGUGUUUUACAUGGAAGCCUGCGAGUCGGGCUCGAUGUUCUCGGACAGCUUCUUAAAGAGUAUCAACGCCUAUGUGACAACGGCUGCCAACGGCUUCGAGUCUUCGUGGGCUGCCUACUGCCCUCCGUUGGACGAGGUGAAUGGUGAGCGCAUCGGCUCGUGUCUUGGAGAUCUGUACUCUGUCAAUUGGAUGGAGGACAGCGAUCUGACGGACUUGUCGGGGGAGACUUUAACAACGCAGUUCCACCGAGUUAAGAAUGCGACUACUAAGAGCCACGUCAAGUCGUUUGGGGUGUCGAAACUCACUCACGAGAUCGUCGGCAACUACCAGUCCACAUACGACAAGAGUUACAAUGGCGAUGACUCUGGCAGUGAUGAUACUGAGCUUCUGUCGACCAUUGCAGCUCACGGCACGACAUCUGCUGUCCAGAGCGCUGUAGACGCUCGCGACGUGGACCUGGUCGUUGCGUUCUACCGCUAUAUGCGUGCUUCCCCAGGAAAAGAUCGACGUGGUCUUGCGGACGAUCUCACGGCGAUAAUCCACGCUCGUGAAGCUGCGGACGAGGUGUUUGAGACCAUCAAGGCUCUAUACGAGCAGCAGACCAAAGCUGCUCUACUUCAAGUUGAAGAGCCCAAGAACUUCGAGUGCCAAGCAGAAAUCACCCGCACUUUCGAGACUUCUUGCUCUUUUACUGGCGGACUCACCAGCUACAGCCUCAAGUAUGUUGGCACAUUGACGGAUAUCUGCGAGUCGGGGUUGCCGCAAGAAGAAAUGGCGUCCAUCGUGCGCAAAGCUUGCGUAGUGGUGGAGAACCGUCAAAUGGCGGGAAAUGGUGUUUUCGACACCAAUGUAGCCAUGUUAGGCUGA